GUAUAAAUGCCGCCGGCGAGCGAGAGCUCACUCACCAACUCGCCAAGUACAGUACAUCAGCACAGUACACUCGCGGCGCACGCUCGAGCUUGCUAGCGACAGUCAGUCCGUCCGAGCUCACCGUCAUCCAUGGCUCUCCAGCUCCUCCCCUCCACCCUCUCCGUCCCCAAGAAGGGGAGCAGCAUGGGCGCGGUGGCGGUGAAGGACACGGCGGCGUUCCUGGGCGUGAGCAGCAAGGCGAAGAAGGCGUCGCUAGCGGUGAGGACGCAGGUGGCCACGGCGCCUUCGCCGGUGACGACGAGCCCGGGCUCGGCCGCGGCGAAGCCGAGCGGCAAGAAGACUCUGCGGCAGGGCGUGGUGGUGAUCACGGGCGCGUCCUCCGGGCUUGGCCUCGCGUCGGCCAAGGCGCUGGCAGAGACGGGCAAGUGGCACGUGGUCAUGGCGUGCCGCGACUUCCUCAAGGCCUCCAAGGCGGCCAAGGCUGCCGGCAUGGCUGACGGGAGCUACACCAUCAUGCACCUCGACCUCGCCUCGCUCGACAGCGUCCGGCAGUUCGUCGACGCGUUCCGCCGCGCCGAGAUGCCGCUGGACGUGCUCGUGUGCAACGCCGCCAUCUACCGCCCCACGGCGCGCACGCCGACAUUCACCGCCGACGGGCACGAGAUGAGCGUGGGCGUGAACCACCUCGGCCACUUCCUGCUCGCCCGCCUCCUCAUGGAGGACCUUCAGAAGUCCGACUACCCGUCCCGCCGCAUGGUCAUCGUCGGCUCCAUCACCGGCAACAGCAACACGCUGGCGGGCAACGUGCCGCCCAAGGCCAGCCUCGGUGACCUCCGCGGGCUCGCUGGCGGCCUCAGCGGCACGUCGGGCUCGGCCAUGAUCGACGGGGACGAGAGCUUCGACGGCGCCAAGGCGUACAAGGACAGCAAGGUGUGCAACAUGCUGACCAUGCAGGAGUUCCACCGGCGGUACCACGAGGAGACCGGCAUCACCUUCUCCUCGCUCUACCCCGGCUGCAUCGCCACCACGGGGCUGUUCCGGGAGCACAUCCCGCUGUUCCGCACGCUCUUCCCGCCGUUCCAGAAGUUCAUCACGAAGGGGUUCGUCUCGGAGGCGGAGUCCGGCAAGAGGCUGGCGCAGGUGGUGGCGGAGCCCAGCCUGACCAAGUCCGGCGUGUACUGGAGCUGGAACAAGGACUCGGCGUCCUUCGAGAACCAGCUCUCGCAGGAGGCCAGCGACCCCGAGAAGGCCCGCAAGGUCUGGGAGCUCAGCGAGAAGCUCGUCGGACUCGCCUGAUCUCCCACCCACCUCCGGCUCCGGCCACGUCCAGGCAAUGCAUGCAUCUAGGACGCCGAUGCUGAACUUGUCGCAUUUUUUAACGUUGGUAAUUACCAUUUUUACGUCUUUUUAGAAACUCAAUUACCCGGGAGAGGCCUUGCGAGUGUCGGCGAGAGUGCAUAGAUCUCGUGUGGAAGAUGUACAAUUUUCGGCGAACCAUGAAUAAUAAAACUGCAGGCCUGAUUGAGGAUGGCA